CCCGGAGCUCAAGAGCCGCGGGACGGUGCGACCGUUAUCGUGGAGGUCAUGCGCAGACAGCAAUGGGAGUCGGCUCACGCCAAAGUGCAAAUGUACCGACGACUUGAUGGUGUGGAGUAUGUUUUCUACUUGAAGAUGUCUCCGGCGAUGGCUUCCUGGUCCUACGAGCUCUACGACGUCGGCAACAACAACCCAGCCUACCCUGACUUUGCCUGGCAGCACUCGUUCGACAUUAGCGAGGCGAACGUGCCGGUGAACCACCAGCAUUUCGUGCACUUCGACUCGAGGCGUGUUCUUGGCUUGCCGCAGGGCACGCAGUUGCCACCAGGGAUUCCAGACGAGGUCGAGGUGAACCUU